AUGUCAGAUACUAUUUCUGAUGCGGAAAAGAUCCGCUUAAAGCGCCUCGCGAAGCUUGGAGAUUCAGCCUCAUCCUCACCCUCAUCUUCACAUGCCCAAGGACCAGCUGGAGCUCAGUCUACUGUGACACCUUCAUCAGAGCAUACAGCUGCUCCUAGCCCCUCUCAGCCACAGACUCCCGUCUCCAGUUCCCUGAACCACUCCCUUGCAUCGUCUCCGCGUCCAGAGCCGCAGAAGUUAGAAGGAAAGAGGAUCAAGAUCGCACCCGCAUCGGAUUUACAGCGACCGCAAUCUGCUACCCCUCCACUGCCCAGACCGGAGGAAAGCCUUGAGGCGUUCGAAAGUCGUACGCUGAGUGCCAUUUUCAAGCUCACGUUGAACGAGGAUCGGCAACGCGAUGUCCACGGGAGCAAGCUGAUAUAUCUACCUGGUCUUCGGAGCGAGCUUGAGGAACAGGGGCGGGAUUUGCGCAUCGAAACUACUAUCUUGGACCAGGCUCUUGUCGAAGCGGCGUCAAGUUCGGGUCAGAAACCUUUGGAUUACUUGUUGCCCUGUUGGAAGAGGAUUUCAAGGCUGUAUAAGGGUUUCCGUCGGGCACGCGAGGAUGAUCCUAAGUUCGGCGUUAUCUCUGAGGCGAGGCGCCUCUGUAUGAGUUAUUGCAUCUUUGCUUUUACUAUGCCUGAGAUGUUUGGAUACGAUUCGCCAGAGCCAUCACCACUCAAGUCGUACCUUCUUCUAGAUGCAGAUGAUGAUAAAGGUGUUGACUUUGAAUUCCUCGGCGAAGCUGUCCGCAGGUUCGAUGAGGAUGAGAGUAUUAAGCCCGCCUUCAUCACAGCGGUGGAAGCAAUGAGCAAAGAACUAGCCGAAUUUAAUGUCAAUGAUGACUACAGACCCUACGUAAUGGCCUUGCGAAAUCUCGUCCGGCAUGCACCUAUUGCUGCAGCGAUCACAGAGUCCUCUAUAUUCAACGAUACUCGAGAUCCAGAAAGAUUUGAGAAAGAAACGCUUCUAGGACCAUGGUUUGCCCUGUCUCCGCUCCAAGGCAAAGUAACCAUGACCUAUUUCUCAAAUCCAAAGACAAGGGACCAGGCAUAUAUUCUCAAUGCUCAGAGGUCUCUUCGAAUGAUGCAACAGAUGAUCAGUACGGAACUUCUUGACAUUAUCAAUUAUAUGAUUCGAGCUUCAAAGGACGCGCGAGAUCGCAUUUUGGACUGGUUUGCUACGGCUUUGAAUAUUAACCACAAACGACGGGCCAUGCAGGUGGACUCCAACACCGUCUCCUCUGAUGGCUUUAUGUUUAAUCUCACUACGUGCCUGGACCAGCUUUGCGAACCGUUCAUGGAUGCUUCUUUUACAAAGAUUGAUAGAAUUGACCCAAAUUACCUCCAUCGGAAUCCCCGUGUAGAUAUGAAGGAUGAGACGAAGCUUAAUGCGGACCAGCAUGCAUCGGAUGAGUUCUAUUCCAAGAAAGUGGAAGGAACGUCUAACUUCAUUUCUGAGAUCUUCUUUUUGACUGUUGCUGCUCAUCACUACGGGAGUGAGUCUUUGACUUCAAAACUGGAACAGCUCGAAAAGGAUCUUCGCCACAUGGAAUCUACCAUUGCCAAAUUCGAGUCGGACAGGUCUAGAUGGACCAACAACCCUGUCCAGUUGCGGGUAUUUGAGCAGGCACUGCAGAAGUACAAGGACAAGCUCGACCUUGGCCUGUCUUUGAAAUACUGCCUGCAGGGUCUCUUAUUCGAUGACGUAUGGCAAGCACGGUCUAUGCUUUUUAUGAGAUAUGUCACCGUGUGGUUAUUGAGGCUUGCCUCGGGUGUGACUUUUCCAAAGGAACCGAUCAAGCUUCCCCUACCGGAAGAGCCGCCGGAGGUUUUUAAAUGUCUUCCUGAAUACUUCCUGGAUGACAUUGUCAGUAAUUUCAAAUUCAUCAUGUGGUGUAUGCCUCAGAUUAUCACAGCCACUCAAGGUGACGAGCUUGUCAUGCUUUGCAUAACGUUCUUGGAGAGCUCGCAGUAUAUCAAAAACCCCUACCUGAAGGCGGGUUUGGUAUCGAUCAUGUUCCGGGGGACGUGGCCUCGUCCUGGAGGUGUGCAAGGCGUCUUGGCGGACCUCCUGAACUCCCUGCCAUUUGCCAACGACUAUCUCUUGCACGCACUCAUGAAGUUCUAUAUUGAAGCGGAGCACACAGGCACGCAUACACAGUUCUUUGAUAAAUUUAAUAUCCGAUAUGAGAUAUUCCAGAUCAUCAAAUGUAUCUGGCCUAAUCUUCUUUAUCGAACGAAGCUCUCCAAUCAGGCAAACCAGAAUUUGGACUUCUUUGUCCGAUACGUCAACCUUCUUCUGAACGACGUGACGUUCGUGCUUGACGAAUCGUUCGGUGCGUUUAUCACCAUCCACAAUACCCAAGUCGAACUCAGCAGGGAAGGCAGCACAAUGGAACCAACGGUACGUCAGCAAAAGGAGGAGCAACUUGCGGCAUCUCAACGCAUGGCCAAAUCAUACAUGCAGUUGACCAAUGAGACUGUCGUCAUGCUCAAGCUCUUCACGGAUGCACUGGCGGACUCGUUCACAAUGCCCGAAGUUGUACAGCGACUGGCGGACAUGCUGGAUUACAACUUGGAUACCAUGGUGGGACCGAAGAGCAGUAACCUGAAAGUUGCCAAUCUCCAGGAAUACGGAUUCAACCCGCGAUCCCUGCUGAGUGAUAUUGUUGAUGUCUACCUGAAUCUCAUGAAUAAGGAAAGCUUUAUCUAUGCUAUCGCUCGAGAUGGCCGGUCGUACAAGCCAGCGAAUUUCGAGAAGGCGGCAGAAAUCCUGAAUAAGUGGCGUCUGAAAUCGGCGGAUGAUAUGAAGAAGUGGGAACUGCUGCAGAAGAAGGUCAAAGUAGCGAAGGAGGCAGAUGAACAGGCAGAAGAGGACCUUGGCGAGAUUCCGGAUGAGUUCCUGGAUCCUUUGAUGUACACAUUAAUGGAAGACCCGGUCAUCCUUCCUGCGUCGAGAAUAUCGAUUGAUCGUUCAACAAUCCGCUCGCACCUUCUCAGUGAUCCGCAUGACCCAUUCAACCGAAUGCCUCUGAAAAUGGAAGAUGUGAAGCCAGAUACCGAACUCAAGGCCAAGAUUGAGCAAUUCAAGGCGAGUAGGAUUGCAGAAAAAAGACAGAACUUGGUGCACACGGCGCCUGAAAGUAUGGACAUGUCUACUGGGUGA